CUGUAAAUAACACUGGUGUGAUGAUAGCUAUUUGGACUUUUCACGAUGGCAUCCUUUGCAUUGCUGGGACUGCUGGUACUUCAGUUUGGAUUUGGACAAAGCUCUCUUAAACAUCUCCACGAAGAUCAUUUUGUUGGCCAGCAGCACAACCCUGAACAUGACAUGAACGUCCUGCUGGGAGAGGACACUGAGGAGAUACUGAAACUUAGCCCAGAGGAACAGAGGAAAAAGAUGAUGGAAAUUGUGAAGCGGAUUGAUACAAAUGCUGACAAUGUGCUAGAUCCAGAGGAGAUGACGCUAUGGAUUCAGCACGUCUAUAGAAAGUAUGCUCUAGAAGAUGCAAAGGAGCGGUUCCCUGAGUUUGACAGUGACAAAGAUGGUGUUGUAACAUGGGAGGAAUACAACACUGUUGCUCAUGGCCAGCUCAUCAGUUUUGAUGACAGCGAUGUUCUGCAGGACCCAGAGCAAGAGUCUCUCAGACACCUCCACUUGAAGGAGAGGAGGCGCUUUGACUUUGCUGAUGUGGACGGCACACCCGGGCUUAAUGUGACAGAGUUUCUUGCCUUCACCCAUCCCUCUGAAGUGGAUCACAUGGCUGAUUUUGCCAUUGAAGAUGUGUUGAGUGAAUAUGACACAGAUAAAGAUGGACUUAUCAGUCUGAGUGAAUUUAUUGGAGAUGUUCGAGGUGAUGAGGAUUCCCCUUCACAGUGGGAGAUAGAAGAAACAGUGCGGUUUAAAGACCUCUAUGAUCAAGAUAAGGAUGGCAAGUUGAAUCGAGACGAGCAGCUCCGCUGGGUUGCGCCUAACAGCUACGGCUCAGCAAGAGAAGAGGCUCUACACCUCAUCAAGGAAAUGGAUCAAGAUGGAGAUGGGAGGAUCUCAGAAGCAGAAGUUUUGAAAAAUCAAGAAAUAUUCAUGAACAGUGAAGUGACAGACUAUGGCAGACAGCUGCAUGUCUCACACGAUGAACUAUAACUAAAUGUAAUGUUCUUGUUUUUUUCAAAUGAAGGUGUUACGUGGUUUAUUUCCGGUACUGAUAUUAGUCAUGGAAUUUACACCAUUGUAGAUCUUACCCAUCGACAUUGCUCUAUUAAGUUGUGUGGACAAAAUAACAGGAAAAACAUACAUUGCAACACAAGUAUAAUACAUCACUGAGGCCAGUUGCACAUCUCUAGAAUAUUUCAGGAACAUCUAAACAUCGGAAGCUUCACAACAUAUAAUGUGUUGCAGGGCCUUUAUAUUGUAAGCUAUUCCUGUUGUUUUGUCCAAUAUAAAUGCACAUAUUCCUGAAUAGCAGGGAGGUUUAACUCAUAAUAUGAUUGUAACCACUCUUUAAGGACAACACAAUUGAGUUUGUUUCAAUUACACUAAUGCAAUUGGUUUGUUUAAUAGUGGCUGUGUAUUAUUAGUUUUCCUUUCAAAGGUGCCAAAAUUGAACUGACACAAGUAUCAGUCCAGUUGCGGUUAACGCUAACGUGUUGCAACUCUUCCUCAUUUGAAUCAAAUGAGCGAGUUAGUAAGUGUUGCUGUUGAAUACUGGUUUCCUGCAUGUGUCAUAUUCCGUUUCACUUCCAUCGAGCAACAGCCUGUUAAACUGCCAAGCUUUAUAAAGUGAGUUAAGUGGAUUCUCCAACCAGGACUUUUUUUGACCACAGCCAAGAUGACAGUACAAUUUAAAGAUGCCUUCUGGGUGAGUCAGUGUGAUGAUACUAUUCCAUACUUCUUUAUGUUUCUCUUCAGUGCUCAAGUUGACCAUGAGUCUUUCUAAGCUGUGAAGUUAGGGUUGUUGUAUUUGAUUUGUUCACUGGAGUUUCAAGGUUAUAUUGUGUAAUUUUCCACUUCUACCCUGUUAAGGUUUUUAAUUUAGUCUAGAGAGUGUUUAAGGAUCAAUACACUUGUAAUCUUAUACCAUAUUGACUACAGUUAGGUUAGCGCUCUGUCCUGUCUUGUGACUUUUAACCUACUUUGCUUACUUUACUUUUCAAAUUUUGAAACUAACUGAACUGCAACUGAUUUGUUACUUGAUUAAAACAUUUAUUAUUAUUUC